GCAGCAUUCUCUACCAUUUACAUCAAUACCAACAUGAAAGACAAGAAUUAAUUGCUAUAAUUCAACAAAAACUAAUAAAACUCUUCAUAAAACUGCAUCAAUUAGAAUCAACUGCACCAAAAUUCUCAACAAAUAACCCUA